AUGCUUGUUCGUGCUUUGAGGCUCCGGACUUGCGUUUUGCUCGCAUUGAGCAUAGCACUUGUUGUUUUCAUUGUCUCAUUCAGAGACCAGGUUUCGUCAUCAUGGGACGAUUUAGGUCUUGAAACCAUUUACUAUAAAAACGGAGAGAAGACCGUGGCCUCGGUGACACUUGAAAAUGCGGUGCCUACAGAUGUGGCAGAUAAGGAAGAUACAGAUGAGAAGCAGGAAGAGCAAAAAGAGCAAAAAGAGCAAAAAGAGCAAAAAGAACAGAAUAAGGAGACUGGGGAAGAAGAAAGCACGGAUCAAGCUUCUGACAGCGAGAGAGAUGAUGCUCAGCUUGAGAACUGGGAUCCACUUGCAGACAAAAAACCCGAGGAGCUCACGGAUGCCGAACUUACGAUUGAGUUGAAGCGAGUCAAAGGUCAGGCUUCAGAUCCAUACUGGAGUCACAGGCACGAGCAUGAAAACAAUCCAUUGUACGGAACGCCGUUGGACAAUGACAAAAAGACGAAUCCACACAAGGCACCUCUUCCAAAAGGAUAUGUGGGCAAGAUGACGAACGAAUAUAAGCCUUAUGAACAGUUCCGGGUAGUGAAAGAAGACUAUGGCAAUCCUGACAAGGUGCCUAGAGCGACGUUUUUCACGCUUGUGAGAAACUCCGAGAUGUAUGGGCUUAUUGCGUCGAUCGAGCGUCUAGAGCAGCGUUUUAACAAGCGGAUGAACUACGACUGGGUUUUCAUGAACGACGUUCCUUUCACCAAAGAGUUUAUUGACAGAACUUCGGCAAUGGUGUCUGGAACUGCCCGUUAUGGAAUAAUCCCGCACGAGCACUGGUCAUACCCUGAUUGGAUCGACCAAAAUCGUGCACGUGCAGUCCGUGAGUCACGUAAAUUUGCCAACGUUGUUUAUGGUGGAAGUGAGAGCUACCGCCACAUGUGUAGAUUCAACUCGAAGUUUUUCUACAAGCACCCAAUCAUGGAAGAUUACGACCUCUAUUGGCGUGUGGAGCCGGAUGUUGAGUUCAUGUGCGAUAUUCAAGAGGAUCCUUUCAAGUAUUUGGCCACCACUGGAACCAUGUACGGUUUCACCAUAGCCUUCCAGGAGUUUGCUGUUACAAUUGAGACUCUCUGGGGCACUGCAAUGGAGUAUUUCCGCAGGGAGUCUGUGAAGAGCCAGCUUCCAGCCUUGCAGACCCCAGAAGACAGUCUUCUGGGUUUUGUCAGCGAUGACCAGGGCGGUAAUUACAACAUGUGCCACUUCUGGACCAAUUUCGAGAUCGCGAACCUCACUUUGUGGCGGUCUCCUCUCUACGAAGGCUUUGCGGACUACCUGGAUCAUGCUGGUGGCUUCUUCUACGAACGUUGGGGAGAUGCGCCUGUUCAUUCCAUAGCGGUGUCCAUGAUGCUAAAGCCUUCCCAAGUUCAUGUCUUUCAGGAUAUCUCCUACAAGCAUACAGUUGCCGGAACGUGUCCAUUGGAUGAUGAUCGCUUGAAAAGUGCACAUUGCAUAUGCGAUCCUUUGGGAGACUGGACGAUUUCUGGUCAGGAGUGCAACAAGAAGUUCUUGGAGGUCUCAAAGCAGCCUACCUUGAAAGAUUUCAAGAAGUACGACCAGCUCUUGAGUGAGAGAAGAGAAAAUGAUGAAUUGUUGGAGACCAGAAAGCAGCAGUUGAGGAGGGAAGCUUCCAAGAGGAAGUAUCGGCAACGAACCAAGCAGAGAGAGAUCAAAAAUCGGAUAGCUCAGGAGAGGAAACGGCGUCUUCUUUCUAGCAAGUUGGAGGAAAAGAAAACUAAGAGAGAUUUAGCUGCACCUACCACCAGCUCGUUUAUUGCACCAACCAGCGCUGGAUCCCCUGUUCGUUUGAAUGCACGGGGUGAGAGGCUUGCUUACUUGGUCUAA